AUGGCUUUCUCGCUGCUUUCCCUCAUCGGAGUGGCUGCCGUGGCUCUUCUUCUUGCAGUGGCUGCGCCAAGCUCUGCGGACACCAUUACUGUCAAUGCUGCCACACAGGCGUGGUUGCAGAUGUGGAUUGAGUCUAUUCCAAACCUGCAGAUCGUUUGGCUGAACCCGAACAUUUGCUCUCGCGCUGGCAUCGAGUGCGUCUCUGCCACUAACUCUAUCAACAUUCGUCUGGAUGGCGUGACGUCGGCUGGCUUCAACUUCAUCGGAACCCUCCCCGAGGUUGACAGCUCCAUCGACGGCAAUGAGCUUCAGAUCACCAGCAUCUCUGUCAGAGGUAAGACUCGCUUCACCGGCACUAUCCCUGCGUCGUGGUCGCGCAUCACCCGGCUGACUCGCCUGGAUUUUAGCAGAACGCGGAUGAGUGGCCGGAUUCCUGAUGAACUCGGCAGCCUCGCUACCUUGGUGUCUGUCGACUUCUCGAACUCAUACUUCUGCUAUGGCCUACCCAACUGGGAAGCCUCUAACAUGCCGAUCCUUGCACAGGCCAUGUUCACGAAUAACAACAUGCGCGGCCCAUUUGCCUCAUCCUGGUCCACCUUCCCAGCUUCCCUGAAGCUGGACAUCACCGGCAACAAGCUAUGCGGUUGCAUGCCCAGUUCGUGGGACUCCAAAUCGAACCUGGUGGCUGCUGCCAAGGCCAUGGAUGCUGGCACCGUCUCCAACUGCUUUCGUUCUUGCAACUCCGCUUCCCUGUCUUACUGCCCGGCUCCGCCCACUGGCAACGGCGCGCAGAUGAUUACGAUGACCACGGCUGUGGUUGGUCUGGUUGUCGCUGCUGUUUCCUUGGUCUUGUAA